AUCUUGGUAAUAAACCAUUUGCAUCAAGCUGUUGAUUAGCUAGCUAGCUAGCCUCAAGACAAAAGGAAAAGUUUCCAAAUUGGUUUUCCAUAAAAUCAUAAUACAAUCGGUUAGGAAUGGUAUCUCCUUCAAAACAAUGAUAGACAAAUUUGGAAACAAGCCUCAACUACCAAAAAAACUCAAUGAAAAACACUUUCAAAACACCAACUCAUCUUUUUGUUUCUUGAGUAGUUUCCUUCCAACUAAUAUUCUUUAUUGUUACUAUUAUUAUUCUCUCUUCAUAAAAACAAUCAUAUCUCCAUGGAAACUCCUCCUAGAUGCAAAUUUGCAUUUAUCUUUUCAAUCUUCAUCUCAAUUUUUCUUGGCUUGGUUUCAUUCAUUUUAUGUAUAGCUUCUGAAAUUAAGAGGAACAAGAAAGAAGAUCUUAGAUGGAAUGGAAAAGUAUGUUAUUUGCCAUCAAGUCAAGCAUUUGGAUUGGGAAUUGCAUCUUUGAUUAGUUUAUUUUUGGCUCAAAUCAUUGGAAAUUCAAUAUUGUUCAAGAAUUCUUAUUCAAGAAGAAAAAUCAAUGCACAAUACAAGCUUCCUUUCAUUGCAAGGCUUCUAAUUUUGAUUUCUUGGCUAAGCUUUGGAGUUACAACUAUCUUACUAAUAGCAGCCACAAGCAUGAACAAAACACAACCCUAUGGAGCAGGUUGGUUAAAUGGUGAAUGCUACUUAGUCAAAGGAGGAACCUACACAGGCUCAGCCAUAUUAAUUCUAGUCACAUUAUCCUCUAUAACCGGUUCAACUUUAUCAACAAUAAAAACCAAUAAAGCAGACCAAGAUAGCAAAAUACAUGCACAAAUGGGGUAACAUAAAUUACAUUAUAUUAGAAUUUAUUCUAGAAAACAAAAUUAUACAAUAAGAUGCCUUACAAGUUGUAGAGAGAAGGAUCCAAGGCAACGAAAUUCAUUAACUUGCUUAUCUUUUGUCCUAAGGAAUAACUUUAUUUUUGGAGUUAUAGUAAAGAAAGAGACACUUUAUUUGUACACGUUCUCUAUAAGGUAGUGACUGCCUCAUAGAGGAACUGUUUUAGAUCCCACCUGCAUAUAUUAUUGAUAAAUGUUUUGUAUAGGAGUAUUUAAUUUUCAACUACCAAGUUGGAUUAAUUCAUUGUUUUAUUUAUUUUUA